AGGGUUUUCUCAGUCGAAGUUUUGUUUGAGAUCGAUCAUGGCUGGUCCAUCUAAUGCAAAAGGAUCAACUUACAUUCAAGUAGAUGUUCAUUACGAUGGAAUGUUUUCCCUCAUUCCUCAUCUUAUAUACUACCUGAAUCAAAAAAUGUCAGUUACAGAUGUCGAUUUUGGUGGAUUAAAUUUCAAGGAGUUCAUUCAUGUUCUUGAGGAUGUCACAAAGGGGAAGUGUCCUGUUGUCUACUACUGUCUUGGGCAUAAGUCAAUGCGUGAUGGGUUGACACCACUGAAAAACGAUGAUGACUACAGGAGGUUUCUUGAUGCUGCACAUGGUAACGAGGGAAAGAUUAAUGUAUAUAUUGAUCACUACAACGAUUCGGUGCUUGACUGGAUAGAGGAAGAAAAGGAAGAAAAAAGUGUUGAUAGUGAAAGCUCUGAUGAAGAUAAAGACUCGGUCAUGUCUGAUGCUCUAUCUGUUGAUCAUGAACCCGAUGAAGAGGUAAUACCAUUGACUAAAUCUGAUGAUCCCUUUCUUAACUAUAUUAGUGUUGUCCCUAGAGAUGAUUUUGUUGAUGAGGAUGAUGAUUCAGAUAAUGGAACCAAAGAAGCCCCAAUUUACCCUUUUCAUGACUCAACUCAAAAAUGGGAUACAAUGCAACCCAUCCUUGGUAUGAGGUUUUGUAACCCUCAAGAACUUAAACAGCUUGUCUCAAACUAUGCAGUAGCAAACGGUUUUAACCUUUGGUAUGAAAAAAAUGAUAAAACUAGGUUGCUAGUCAGGUGUUGUAAAACUAGUGAAGGAAAGGCAGCAUGUCCUUUUAGACUAUGGGCUACUUGGAUGAGCAGUGAAAAGUCAUUCCAAAUUAAGUCCUUACGUAAUGAGCAUAACUGUGCUAGAACCUUCAAGUUUGGGUCAGUUGUUACUUACUCAUGGAUAGGGAAACAUUUUGUUAAUGAUAUUUUAGAAAAUCCCAAAAUGAGUUGCAGGGAAAUGAGGGAUAAAGUUGGGGAAAUUUUCAAUGUGAAGGUUAGUGUUGGACAAUGCAGGAAUGCAAAGAAGUUUGCACUUAAUGAGAUCGAAGGCAGUUUGAACACACAUUAUGAAAAAUUAUGGAGUUAUGGAGCUGAGAUAUUAAGAGCUAAUCCAGGGUCAACAGUGAAAAUUGGGACGGAUACAAUGCCUGAUUCCACAAUUUAUUUUUCUAGGAUGUAUGUUUGUAUCAAAGGUGUAAAGGAUGGUUGGAUUGAAGGAUGCAGGAGGGUUAUAGGUGUAGAUGGUUGCUUUUUAAAAGGUAUUUGCAGAGGUGAGCUUCUUUCAGCUGUAGGUAGAGACGCUAACAACCAUAUUUACCCCAUUGCUUGGGCAGUAGUUGCAGUUGAGAACAAAGAAACUUGGAAGUGGUUUCUAAACUUACUACUUAAGGACAUUAACAUGGGAAAUGGGGCAGGAUUAACCUUACUUUCUGACCAACACAAGGGUCUUAUUGAGGCUGUUAAAGAAAGAGUACCAGAUGCUGAGCAUAGGCAAUGUACUAGGCACGUCUAUGCUAAUUUCAAGAAAAAAUUUAAGGGUGUUGCAUAUAGGAAGCUUUUUUGGAGGGCUGCAAAGGCCACAACUGUGCAGAGGUUUGAAGGUAUAAUGAAAGAGAUUAGGGUGAUUGAUAUACAAGCAUAUGAUCACUUGAUGGAAAGAGAUCCAAAAUCCUGGUCUAGGGCUUUUUUUGUAUUGGACAGGUCUUGUGAUGCCAUUGAGAAUGGUAUUUGUGAAUCUUUUAAUGCUGCAAUUGUGCAUGCUAGGAAAAAGCCGAUUAUAACAAUGUUAGAGGAAAUUAGGAGGUUUGUGAUGGAUAGGAUGUAUUGUAAAAGAUUGAAGGGGCAGAAAUGGAAUCUAGCCAUAUGUCCAUCUAUUAGAAAGAAAAUAGUGGACAAGAGGAAACAUCUAAGGUAUUGGUAUGUAAUUCCCAGUGGAGUGCAACAAUUUGAGGUGAGGUCAGUACAUGAGGUUUAUGCUGUGUACUUGAACCAAAGAACAUGUGCAUGUAGAGGAUGGCAACUAAGCGGUAUACCAUGUAUACAUGCCAUGGCUGCUAUUAGUUAUCUAAAUGAGAAUGUGGAAGACUAUGUGGCAACUUGGUUCACAACAGAAAUGUUUGGAAAUUGCUAUAAACCUAAAGUCAACAGGAAGAAGGUUGCUUCAGAAAAAGAAUGUCGUCAUACUAUUAGCAAGAAAGGGGCUAUUACAAAAUGCAGCAUCUGUAGAGAACCAGGACACAACAAAAUAACAUGUCCACUGUCCAAAGAAGGACCAAGUACUAAAGCCAAAAAGAAGAAGGGUAAACAUGUUCCUGAUGUUGAGGAUGAGUCUGAAUUUAAGAUUGAAGAGAUGGAUGAAGUUGAAAAUGAGUAUGAAUCUGAGUCUGAAUCUGAGAUUGAAGAGCUGGCUGAAGAUGGUGAUGAACCUGAUCAGGGACAAGUUGAUGAACAAGUUGUUGAAGCUGCUGUUGAACCUGAUCAGGAACAAGUUCAUGAACCUGAUCAGGAACAAGUUCAUGGACCUGUUGUUGAGGAACCUGCUGCACAACCCGUUGUUGAAGUUGAACAAAGAGCACAACCAUUGAAGAGGAAAAGGAAAUACUCAGAGAGGAUCACUGAAGUGGCAUUAAGGAGGGUGGUCAUCACCAAGGAUGGAUGUGGUUUAAGUGUGAAUAAACCUGUUACACUGGAAUGA